CUCUGUUCGUGACGUCACGCAGUAAUGGCAGCGCUCUGAGUAAACUACAUGCGGUAGCUUUGCACAUAUACAGAUUAUUGGAUCGGCUGUUCUGAAAAUGAACAAUCGCAGGAAGAAGUCUCCAAUGCCUCGUUCUAAAGGCAGGAAUAAAGGAAUUAAAAUAAUUGGAGAAUGGAAACCGAUAUCCUUAGACCCAAGCCUUUUUGCAGAUGAAAAAAUGGAUGAAAUAAUAUGCUUUGAAGAGCUAACAGAUUAUAAAAUAGUUAAGACUUCAAAAGAGUUAAAAAUAAAAGGGUCAAAAAGAAAACUUGAAGUAGGCGAAGACCAGGCACAAAAUGAAGAUGACGAGUAUAUAGGUAAGAAGAAGAAAAGAAAGAAGCAGAAACAUAGACUGGACAAGAAAGCUGAAGAAACAGAUGAAGAGAUUGAAUUAUCUAUGAGCGAGGGCGAGCAAGAGGAUGUUGAUGAAAAUAUAACCAAAAAAUCUGAAAAUGAAGAUAUAGUAGCAGAAAAAACGCAAACAAAAAGUAGUAAGAAAAAGAAAAAAAGAAAAACAAAGAAGAAAUUGGCUCAAUCUGAAGAAGCACCAGUUCCUAAAUCUACAAAAAAGGGCAAAAAUUGGGCAGUAAAUGCUUCAACUGAGUCUUCUGAUAAAAAUGCUGAUAUUUCGGCAUGGAAAAAUCUCUAUGUUCCCAAACCGGUUCUCAAGGCCCUGAGCUACUUGGGAUUUUCUGCGCCAACACCAAUUCAAGCUUUAGCGCUUCCUUCAGCAAUCAGAGACCAGCUUGAUAUUCUUGGUGCAGCUGAAACAGGAAGUGGAAAAACUCUGGCAUUUGCUAUUCCUAUGAUUCAUUCCAUCCUGGAGUGGCAAGAAGUGCAAGAGACUGGAGUGGAUGAGGAGGAUGGAUCUGCUGACAUAGAUGAGAAGGCAGACAUUGUCGCUGUGGAUACUGAUGAUGGGAACAAGCAAGAUGAGAACAAAAACAAUGAUAUCAGUAGCGAGGAUGACGACGAUGCAGAUUCAACUUCAAUGGGGUGUGUGAAAGUUGUGGAUGAUGUGGACAUUAAUUUUAAUCUUUCUUCUGACAAUAAAUCUCCCGCCUUGAAUAACAAGAAGCCUUUGCUUGGCCUUGUGGUAACUCCCACCAGGGAGUUGGCUGUGCAGGUGAAGCACCAUAUAGACGCAGUAGCCAGGUUCACAGGUAUCAAGACAGCGAUUGUUGUUGGAGGAAUGGCUCCACAGAAGCAGGAAAGGGUAUUAAAUAGAAGGCCAGAAAUUGUGAUCGCAACACCAGGCCGACUUUGGGAGCUUAUUAGAGAACGUCAUCCACAUCUUUCAAAUCUCAAGAAGCUCAAGUGCUUGGUCAUUGAUGAAGCUGACAGAAUGGUUGAGAAGGGCCACUAUGCAGAGCUGUCCCAGCUUUUAGAAAUGUUGAGUGAAGGGCACUAUAAUCCCAAAAGACAGACGUUUGUGUUCUCUGCCACACUCACUCUUAUCCAUCAGGCUCCUUCUAGGCUGACACAGAAGAAAAAGUUCAAGAAAAUGGAUAAAGAAGGCAAGCUUGAGGCUCUCAUGGAAAAGAUUGGCAUGAAAGGAAAACCUAAAGUGAUUGAUUUAACUCGGAAACAAGCCACUGUAGAGACACUGACUGAAACCAGAAUUAUCUGUACCAGUGACGAGAAGGACUUAUACCUGUAUUACUUCCUGCUCCAAUAUCAGGGAAGGACCAUGGUCUUUGCAAACAGCAUUGACUGCAUCAAACGUCUUUGCUCUCUUCUCACCAUAUUGGAAUGUAAUCCACUACCCCUGCAUGCAAAUAUGCAUCAGAAGCAAAGGUUAAAGAACUUGGAACGGUUUGCUGAACGAGAAAGCUGUGUCCUCCUCACCACGGAUGUUGCUGCUCGAGGUCUGGAUAUUCCAAAUGUGCAGCAUGUCAUACAUUACCAGAUCCCAAGGACGUCAGAAACAUAUGUUCAUAGAAGCGGCAGAACAGCUCGAGCUUCUAAAGAUGGCUUGAGUUUGCUUAUCAUUGGACCUGAUGAUAUGAUCAAUUUUAAGAAGAUCUGUAGGACCCUGGAGAAGAAUGAUGAACUUCCAAUUUUCCCUGUUGAAUCCAAAUGCAUGAAAGGCAUCAAAGAACGUGUUAAUUUGGCACAACAAAUUGAGAAGAUAGAAUACUUCAACAGCAGAGCAAAACAUCAGAAUUCCUGGAUACAGCAAGCAGCAGAUGCACUUGAGAUAGAUUUAGAUGAUGACGAUUUAGUAGGUGGUAAGGACGAGCAUGAAGAAAGACAAAAACAGAAAGCAAUUAAAAUGAUGAAGAAACAGUUGAAAGGCCUCCUGUCCCAACCGCUCUUCAGUCAUAUAAUGAAGACAAAAUACCCAACGCAGAGUGGGGCACUUCCGAUGCCAUUCCUUGGUACAAAUUUAACAGAGACUGCUUUGGGCACGAUCGCCAAUCAAAAGAAAAAACAAAAGAAGAAAAUCUAAGAGAAUCAGCUUCAUUUCUUUUAUUUUCUAUUGUAAUAUACAUUUACAAAGGCAAAUUUUAUCCUUUCAAGUGUCAAAUUGCCUUAUAAAUUCUUAACAAAA